CUCCUCUCAUCCGACUGCGGCCGUGGGCACCGACUCCGACCUUCGCCGCCGCCGCCUGGCCCGUCUCUUGAUCGGAGCCGGACUGACGGAAUCGGUAGAUUGAUUCGCGUGUGCUAGAUCCAGGCCGCGUCUUCAUCAAAAGGCCGAUUGUCCCCCGACUAGGGUUUGAAAGGGUAGAGCAGCAGGGUCAGAUUCAGGCAAUGGAAAACCACCACGACUCCCUCGCCGACGGGCGGGGCGUCGACGGCUGUCCCGGGAUUUCAUACUGAGGCACGAGGAGGCGCGGAUGCGAGCCGCGGAGGCCAAGGCCGCGCUAAACAGGGAUCACUGGGAGUGGGACGACGACGGUGCAUAUGCCGUCAUCGAUCCGGCCUCCUUGAAGGCCAUGGUGGCCAUGGAGACGCCGAAGGUGGGCGAGACGAGGGAGCAGGGCUGCGCGGUGUGCCUCGAGGGUUUCGUGGCCGGUGGCAAGAAGCUGAGGAUGAUGCCCUGUUCCCACUCCUUCCACCAGAGAUGCAUCUUCGACCUGCUCCUCCGUAGCCGAUUCUGCCCGGUCUGCCGUUUCGAGAUGCCCCCCAGGUCCGCCGACGAGCCGGAGCCGGAGCCGGUGGCUGAGAAAACCGCUACUACAUCUGAACGAGUUGGCAGCAACUGAGCUGAAGAAUGUCCAUCGAUUGAGUGAGUCACUCUGCUUGCAGCCGUCCCUGUUUUAUGUUCGUCUGAAUAUCUGAUUACCGAUCACAAGCAGUGUAAUUUUGUUCAAAAUUACUCUCCUCAAUGUUUAUCAAAACUACCACUUCCUAUCAUAACUUCUAAUGGUGGAAACAAUCUCAGUGGUGCUUGCCCUGGCUCCUCACCUAUACAGGAAUCGAUGCUAUUGAUUUGUUGAGUUUACAAAGUUC